UAUACAUCUGUGCUCUGACGCACUCCGAGGAGGGCACUUUUUGACUGCGUCUCGACGUCUUGUCUCAAUUCAACAGGAUCUAUUGCCACUCCAGCCCCCGUUUCUGCUGCAUCGCUCCUGGUAUACUGGUAGCAAUUAUCAUAGAAGGAAAAAAAGAAAAACAAAGGCAGGUGUGCAAGCCGCGAGUUGGCAUCACCUCCACACGGUCACGGCGAAAAGAUGCGAUGAAGGAAAGGCCUUGAGCCGUGGGCAAUCCCCGAAAUGUCAAGGGAAAGAUUUGCUUUGAAGUCUAAACAGGUGGGAAAACUAGCACCGAGCCCAAGGUUGAAUAGAUUACAAGGAUUUAUGAAUAACACUAUUUAAGUAACAGAGAGGACCGCCACAGGUUGACAGCUGUUACAGAUGUUGAGCGAGUAACAGAAGAAACAAGACUCUCAACUGAGUUUCAAAGCAACAACAGAGUUCUACAGGCAUCUGUGGCGCACCCGGCAGAGGAUGCAGCUGGUUGUCAUGGUAACAGUGCUGGCACUGGUGGGGGCGGAGCAGGGCUGCAGAUCCAGGUGUCAUCUGACCGAGGUCCGCAUCCCCGUGGAGAGCUGCGGCAUCACCGAGUGGAUCAACACCAGCAUAUGUUUAGGACAGUGUUACCACGAGGAUUCGCCCUACAUCAGCCCUACUGGCAGGGAAGAACAGAAAGUCUGUAACGGGGACUGGUCCUAUGAGGUGAUGCACAUUAAAGGAUGUCCAGUGGGUGUCAGGUACCCUGUGGUCAGAAACUGCAGGUGUACCGAAUGUAACCCGGAAAACGCGUACUGCGGGCACUUUCACGGACACGUAUCCAGCUGUGUCUCAUUUUAAAGAAACCUCUCAUCUAUCCUACAUUUACUUAUUAUCUUUGUGUCACUUGACUUGGUACCAAAAUAAACAUGUAUCACUAA